AUGCAGUGGCUGACGAGGUUUCAGGUCAUCUGGACCAUCCACAAAAACUGUCACAGGUUCCACUCUGCCCAUUGGCACCUACUCUCCAGGUCUUUAUCAGGAGCUAGCGAUCCAAAAUGGAAUGACCAUGAUAAACCUGAGGAAUUCAACUUUGCAAGGGAUGUGCUGGACUACUGGACUCAAAUGGAGAAGGAGGGCAGGAGAGGUCCGAACCCCGCCCUCUGGUGGGUGAAUGGCAAAGGGGACGAAGUGAAGUGGAGCUUCACAGAGAUGACAGACCUAACCCGCCGAGUAGCCAAUGUCUUCUCACAGACCUGUGGCCUGCAGCAGGGAGACCAUGUGGCCGUGAUUCUGCCUCGAGUGCCUGAGUGGUGGCUGGUGACUGUGGGCUGCAUCCGAACAGGGAUCAUCUUCAUGACAGGCACCACCCAGCUGACAGCCAAGGACAUUCGCUACCGAAUACAGAAGUCUCAAGCCAAGGGCAUCGUGACCACAGAGACCCUGGCCCCAGUGGUGGACUCGGUGGCUUCUGAAUGUCCCUCUCUGAAAACUAAGCUCGUGGUGUCUGACCACCACCUUGAAGGGUGGCUGGACUUCCGGUCACUGGUCAAAUCAGCUUCCCCAGACCACACCUGUAUUAAGUCAAAGACCCUGGACCCGAUGGCUAUCUUCUUCACCAGCGGAACCACCGGCUUCCCUAAGAUGGCAAAACACAGCCAUGAACUUGCUUUACGAUCUUCCCUCCCUUCCUGCAGGAAAUUGCUACAGCUGAAGACGUCCGAUAUCAUCUGGUGCCUGUCGGACCCAGGCUGGAUUCUGGCUGUCUUAGGGGCCAUGCUUGAACCAUGGACUGCAGGGGCUACACUUUUCAUCCAUCAGCUGCCCCAGUUUGACCCCAAUGUCAUUAUACAGACAUUCUCCAAAUACCCCAUCACCCAAAGCAUUGGUGCACCAGGUAUUUACCGGAUGAUCAUGCAGCAGAAUUUCACCAGUCUCAGGUUCCCAGCACUGGAACACUGCAGCACUGGUGGGGAGGCUCUAUUGCCUGAAGAGCUAGAGAAGUGGAAAAAACAGACAGGCCUUCUGAUCCACGAAAUCUACGGACAGUCGGAAACGGGAAUAACAUGUGGUGUUCUUAGAGGAACAAAGAUCAAGCCGGGUUCCUUGGGGAAGGCCAUCUCACCCUUUGAUGUUCAGAUCAUUGACGACAAGGGCAAUAUCCUGCCUCCCAACACUGAAGGAAAUAUUGGCGUCAGGAUCAAGCCCACCAGACCCACUGGCCUCUUCAUGUGCUAUGAGAAAGACCCAGAAAAGACAGCUCAAGUGGAAUGUGGGGACUUUUACAAUACCGGGGACAGAGCAGCUAUUGAUGAAGAGGGUUACAUCUGGUUCCUGGGGAGAAGCGAUGAUGUCAUCAAUGCCUCUGGGUACCGUAUCGGUCCAGCAGAAGUGGAGAAUGCCCUGGCGGAGCACCCAGCGGUGGCUGAGUCAGCCGUGGUGGGCAGUCCGGAUCCCAUUCGAGGGGAGGUGGUAAAGGCAUUUAUCGUCCUGGACCCGAAAUUCCUGUCCCAUGACCAGGACCAGCUCACCAAGGAGCUGCAGCAGCACGUGAAGACAGUGACGGCCCCGUACAAGUACCCGAGGAAGGUGGAGUUUGUCCCAGAGCUGCCCAAAACCAUCACUGGCAAGAUCAAACGGAGUGAACUUCGGCAAAAAGAGCUUAGGCGGAUGUAA